AUGGCUGUUCCGCUCUCCAAGCUGCGGCCAACCGCGCUUCUACUCACGAUUCGAUUUAGCUCUUCGUUACCUGACCUCACAUUAGACAUUCCCUCGCCUGCAUCGACUACCAUAGUCGCCUUGAAGAACCUGAUACGCACACAGCUCGAACCCCCCUACAAUGCCAACCGGCUGCGCUUAAUUUAUCAAGGCAAGAUCUUGUUGGAUAGCGCAGCGUUGGCUGCUUUACUACCACCGACUCCUCGCUUGAGCACCAUCACAGCCGUUCAUCAAGAUGUUGCGACCAAAGGCAAAGGCAAGGCUGUCGCUGGCCAAGCAGACGAGGAGCAACAACGCAUCUACGUGAUCUGCAGCAUCGGAGACGAACUUUCGGCCGAAGAACUGGCCAGUGAGGUCGAAGCGGCUCAGAUACCUGUGGCAGCGACGUCUUCGAAAUCAGCUGCCCCGAAUGUCCCGGCGACAGGCGCAGCGAGACCGAGCACACCCAACUCACACCACCCGUCUCGGGGGUUCGAUCGUCUUCUCGCGGCAGGCUUCACGCAGGCUGAAGUGUCGCAACUCCGACUACAGUUUACCGAUAUACAAGCACAAAGACAUACCCCCGACACGAUGCCGUCUCCCGACUCGAUGCGAAACAUGGAAGAUUUGUGGAUGGACGCCAACGGCGGGAACGCGGUGCCGGGAGGCGGUGGCGUGACGGCAACUACAGCAGCUGGUGAGGAGCCAGUGGUGCACGACUCGCUUGGCUCUAUGCACGAGCAACUCGAUGGGCUCGUCAAGGGAAUGCUCAUGGGCUUUUUCUGGCCCCUUGGCGGGCUGGCCUGGCUUACACGUGAGGAUGGCAUGCUUUCACAACGAUGGCGUGUGUGGAUUGGUUUUGGUGUUUCCUUCAGCGCAUUUGUCGGUCUCAUGAGAGCCCUCUUUGGCGGAGAGCAGUGA